AUGGCGUCGCCUCUGCCCUGGCUAUACAUUAUUCUAUGGGUAGAAAAUACCCUAGGGAAACUUGAAGAUGAAGGAAACUUCUACUCAGAAAACAUCAGUCGGAUCCUAGACAACUUGCUUGAAGGCUAUGACAAUCGUCUGCGGCCAGGAUUUGGAGGUGCUGUCACUGAAGUCAAAACAGACAUUUAUGUGACCAGUUUUGGGCCUGUAUCAGAUGUGGAGAUGGAAUAUACAAUGGAUGUUUUCUUCCGCCAGACUUGGACUGAUGAAAGGUUGAAGUUUGGGGGGCCAACUGAAAUUCUGAGUUUGAAUAAUCUGAUGGUCAGUAAGAUCUGGACACCUGACACUUUUUUCAGGAAUGGCAAAAAAUCAAUUGCUCACAAUAUGACAACCCCUAAUAAACUCUUCAGAAUAAUGCAGAAUGGAACCAUUUUAUACACUAUGAGGCUUACCAUCAAUGCAGACUGUCCUAUGAGGCUGGUUAACUUUCCUAUGGAUGGGCAUGCUUGUCCACUCAAGUUUGGGAGUUAUGCUUACCCCAAAAGUGAAAUCAUAUAUACAUGGAAAAAAGGACCACUUUACUCAGUUGAAGUCCCAGAAGAAUCUUCAAGCCUCCUCCAGUAUGAUCUGAUUGGACAAACAGUAUCUAGUGAGACAAUUAAAUCUAACACAGGUGAAUAUGUAAUAAUGACAGUUUAUUUCCACUUGCAAAGGAAGAUGGGCUACUUCAUGAUACAGAUAUACACUCCUUGCAUUAUGACAGUCAUUCUUUCCCAGGUGUCUUUCUGGAUUAAUAAGGAGUCUGUCCCAGCCAGGACUGUCUUUGGGAUCACCACUGUUUUAACCAUGACCACAUUAAGCAUCAGUGCCCGGCAUUCCUUGCCAAAAGUGUCAUAUGCAACUGCCAUGGACUGGUUCAUAGCUGUUUGCUUUGCUUUUGUCUUCUCUGCUCUUAUUGAAUUUGCCGCUGUCAACUACUUUACCAACCUUCAGACACAGAAGGCCAAAAGGAGGGCACAGAUUGCAGCCUCACCCCCAGUGACAAUAUCAAAAGCGACUAAACCCUUGGAAGCUGAGAUUGUUUUGCAUCCUGAUUCAAAGUAUCAUCUGAAGAAAAGAAUCACCUCUCUGACCUUGCCAAUAGUUCCAUCCCCUGAGGCCAGCAAAGUCCUCCCUAAAUCUCCCAUCUUACAGUCAACACCUGUCACACCACCACCACUCUCUCCAGCCUUUGGAGGCACCAGUAAAAUAGACCAGUAUUCUCGGAUUCUGUUCCCUGUUGCAUUUGCUGGAUUUAACCUUGUAUACUGGGUAGUUUAUCUUUCCAAAGACACAAUGGAAGUGAGCAGCAGUGUUGAAUAG